CUGCGUGAACAGAGACCUGUCCUCAUGUCUGGUCCAGUCAGCAUGGAGCUGUCCCCACCACCCUCAGGUCUAGAAGCAGAAUGUGAGACACUUUUCACCAAAGGCUCCCUCCCUUUCCUGCAUGAGCUGAUCUCCACAUUUGAUGAAGAGGUGGAUCAAGUCCUGCGGUUACGCGUGUCCAGAAAGGCCCAUUUGGACCUUUCAGCUGACUUGCCAAGCUUUCUGGAGAGUACCACACAUAUCAGGAAAGACCCAGCCUGGAGGGUGUCCCCGUCCCCCCCGAGGCUCCAGAGAAGACAUGUGGAUAUCGGGGACCUGGCUCCCUGCGACACCCAGCGCUUCAUUAAAGCUCUGCAGUCACCAGCACAAGGCAUACAGGUUGACUUUGAUGAUGGGAACUGCCCUACAUAUUACAACCAGGUCAAAGGCAUUCACAACGUUGUUAAGGCGGUUCACAACCAGUUCCCCAAUGUUCCACACAUAUCUCAGGCUCCAGUGCUGAUGCUUCGCCCUCGUGCCUGGAACAUGGUGGAGCACAACAUGAUGGUGGCAGGGAAGGAGGCUCCCGGUCCUCUCUUUGACUUUGGACUCCUCAUGUUCCACUGUGGAGAGACACUUUUUGAAAACAAGAGUGGACCCUUUUUCUACCUCUCAAAAGUGGAGAGCUUCAUGGAGGCCAGACUAUGGAACAAGAUAUUUGUCUGGACACAACAGAAGUUGGGCCUUCCACUGGGCAGCAUUAAGGCGACGGUGCUAAUUGAAAAUAUAUUAGCAGCAUUUGAGAUGGAGGAGAUUCUCUACGAGCUGCGAGACCAUUCAGCAGGACUCAACUGUGGCAUCUGGGAUUAUUCAGCGUCCUUUGUCAAUAAGUUUGGUCACCGACAGGCCUUCCUGCUACCCGACCGCAGUAAAUAUGUCAAUAUGGAGAAGCGUUUCCUGCGCAGCUACAUGGACCUGUUGGUUCAGACGUGUCACCGGAGGGGAGCGCUGGCCACAGGAGGCAUGGCAGCCCUGCUGCUGCCUCAGGACCCGCUCCGUGACUCCCACAGCAGAGUGUUGGCUACUGUCACCAGACUGAAGUUGCUGGAGAUUCAGGCUGGUGUGGACGGUUUCAUGGUGUAUGAUCUGAGCUUGAUUGAGCCCAUGCAGAAACUCUUCAAGCUCCACACUGAAGGCCAUAACCAGCUCCAUCAGCUACGCCAUGAUGUCACUGUGACUCCUGAUGACCUACUGUCCAUGCCUUUGGGAGGAGUCACCCUUUACGGAUUGAAGUACAACAUUGCAGUUGGUGUCCUCUUUGUUAAUGCUUGGCUAUCAGGUAGAGGCCACUUUUUCUACAGAGGCCAGGUCGAAGAUUCAGCCACAGCAGAGAUUUCCAGAUCACAGGUGUGGCAGUGGAUCCGUCAUCAGACUCAGCUGGAGGACGACAGCCGGGUGGUGAGCAGGCGGCUGGUGACUGACCUCAUCAAAGAGCUCAUGAUGGAGCUCAGGGCUCUCUGUCACUCUGUUAGGACUAAACAGAGGUUACACACAGCAGCAGACAUGUUCCUGGAAGUGGUCCUAAAGAGAGAUUUCCCAGAGUUCAUCACCACCUACUUAAUUCAGGAUCACACCUUUCUCAGCUCCCAGAACUCUGAACAGGUGGAGGCUCUGAACACAGACUUGCUCCAACCCAAACUGUGAGCGUCCAGCUGGAGGACUACUUCCUGUCCUCAACACACUUUGAGGACAUCACGUGUGACUUUUAGUGAUUGCAAUGGACAUUUUUCAUUCUUUUUUUUAAGAUCUGAGCAGAGAGAGUUUACCUGAACCUGCUGAUUUCAUCUGAAAUCACCAGAAUCCUACCUGGUGGCACCGAUGACAAGCAUUAAGAAUAACGAUAUAUAUAUAGAGAAUAAUUCUUAAUUGCAGCCAUGUAUGAAACUGUGGCUCAGUGCGGGUUAAACUCACCUACUUUAAAGAAGUAGACUAGAUACUGAAGCAGCCAUGGAUUUGAUGGCUUUCUGUAUUGACUGCAGCAUCAGCAGGUACUUCUCUGGAGGAACAAGGAAAUCCAAACAAAAAUUGAGUUCAUUUGAGUCAGUAAUGAUAUACAAAUCAACUUUGUUUUGUUUUUUAUAGUCACAUGUGUACACAGCACACAAAGUGAAAUUAAGCCUCUGCAUUAAACCAUCCUAUUAGGAGCAGUGGGCAGCUGCUACUGUACAGCAUCCGGGGAGCAGUGUGGGGGUCCAGUGUCUUAUACAGUGUUAGUGCCCAGGAGGCAAACUGGCAUCUCUCAAACUACCAGUUCCCGCUCCGUAACUGGUCCAUGCGAUAACUUGAACCGAUGACCAUUUAGUCCCCGCGGACUGAGCUGCUGCCCCCCUAAAAAAUGCAACAUUAGCCAGCCAGAGGACACUCAUGGUUUAAAACACAAACCAUGUAAUAUGUUUUCUAUUUUCUGUUAAAUAUAUAUAAACAUUUAAAUGAAUAUGCUUACCUGGCUUUAUAUUUGAACAAUGAAAUGCAUGCCAAGGUUGCAAAACUGUUGACAGGACAUGACAAACUGCAGUCAUGGUCAUUGUUAUACAUUAUUGAGCAAAA